AUGACUGACGUUCCUCUUCCUGAACGCCUUCCAAAGCCAGAGGAACCUAAAGAACCACAACAGUCUCCUCAGCAACCUCAGUUCCAGCAAGUACCUCCACCAAAUUACUACCAAUUUCCACCUCAAGGUUACUACCCACCACAAGGCUUCCCGAACUACCCUCCUCUGCCUAUGCCUUACUUCCCCAACCCUUGGAUGUUCCAGCAAGCUCCACCUCAGCAAUUCCAAUCUCAAUCCAAAUCGAAGAGAGACCAAGAGUUCGAAGAAGGUCUGAACCGCUUACGCAAAGAGUAUGCCACAGCUCCAAUUGAGAGAAAGUUGUUCCCGGACCAAAAAUAUAAUUUAUGUUAA